AUGCCACGCUCAUCUACUGCGGGUAGGAAGAACCAGAACAAUCGGCACGAUAAUGGCCUCGUCGGUCCCGGCAAGAAAGUAACCAAGCAGAAAUCCAGCGGCCACCUCAACGGCUUCCCCGGCAACGGCUCUGCUACCGGCUCGGGCGCCGCCGCUCCCUUCGAUCUCUCCGCAAGUCGUUCCAACAGCGAUACCGCCGUCACAUCUCCGACGAUCGCGAACAAGGGUGUGGAUGGGGCGAAGGCCGAUGGCAACGUGCGUGGAACGGUGAAUGGACAUACAAAGGGUGCGGACAUGGCGAAUGGUCAAGCAAACGACGCUGUGCCGCAAAAUGGUGGCAUGGCAGGCUCGGCUUCGCGCAAUGGCUCUGCAAAGCGCUCAGGCUCCAAUGCUUCGAUCAACCCCCUCCAGCUCGCAUCCACCAUCCUCAAGUCGUGUCCUAUGUACGACACCAUCGCCAUCUUGAUUUUUCUGCUACAACUUCCUCCGAUGGUUCUAACCCUGGUUCAAUUCUUGUUCGCGUCCUUGACAUUCAUGCCUCCGAGCGGUGCUGCCGCUGGCUCCCUAUCGUCGAAUUUCGAUAUCUUCCAGGGUCCGGCCGGCACCCCUUCUCUGGGGACAAUGAUCGCCAUGGACGGGUUCUGUCUACUAUUCUGGGGCCUAUUCAUGUGGACGUGGGCGCAAAAUUUUGCGAUAGAUCUCGCUCAUGUCCAGGUUGCUAUCACAUUAGGUGGCGGAGGCUCCGGUAAGAAUGGUGGGGUCAACGCCAUGUGUGUUGGAAUUGUUCUGCUUCUUCACAUCAUUCGCAGUAAAGGCAUCCAAGACUUUGUCCUGGGUCAUCUCGUUUCCGCCAAAUUCAUCAGUCCCGAUCUCCUUUCUCAAUACUCGAACUUUCUACCUGCCGAAUUCCGACGAACCGAAGCGAAUGCAUCUCCUAGUUGGCUGAGAAGUCUUCUCGCCGUCCAUAUAUUAGCACAAGCCGGGACUGCAAUGGCAAGACGUUCUAUGGCUAAGAAUCGGGCUCCCGCGCCGCCGAGGAGCGGUAAGCGCGGGGAUACAGAAGCCUCGGCAGGGUCUCAGGGCCAGGCCGAUUCUGCCCUCGAGUCUGCGGCCAGUCUCUCGUCUUCUCUCAUGGGCCCGGAUGGGCAAUUUCUCAAGGAUAGCAAGGAUCGUCUUACUUCAGCUAAGAAACGCAGGAGGCAAGCAAAUCAGGUCCGGAGUCGCCAACCGUUUUGGGCCGCCCUCGCCAGUACAAAGGUUACCGUGAUGCGAGAAUACGAGCACUCGCGAGCGUUAUCCAAGACCGCACGCGGAAUUACGUUGACCGAGGAGGACUUACAAGGCGCUUCUCUCGACGAUGGACUGAUUUGGAUUACGGAUGUGGAUAGUUCUACGAUCAAGUUCGCCGUGGGCGAUCUCUCUGACGAUUCUACGGCGCCGAGGUCUUGUGAACCUUCUCGAUUGGAAGGAGAAAUUGCACCGUUCUAUGUUUGUGUCAAUGGUGCGCUUUGGGCCACCGCUACGAUCUGCAGGGUCUCCGAUUCGUUGAAGGAGCCAAGCGUGGUACAUUGGCGGGGCGAGAUCUCCGGACUCGCACCCAACUGUGCAUAUACUUGCUCUUUCGUGCGCAGUGAUACCGAUGAGGAAUUCUGUGCAAUGAGUGUCAAGACGCCGGUCACGACCGACACAGAACAAGCUAUUUCCACGAUUUCAACUCCCCCUCAGCCGCCCUAUCGACCCUCCUCUCCCACGACGACGUUAAAGAACUCCGUUAUCAAUGCCGAAGCCAAGCUCAACGAGAAACGCUCUCGCUUGAAGAAGACGAAGAAUGACCACCGACUUCUUAUCUCAAGGAUCCGGAGGGAGCUCGAGAAUUUCACCCACCGUCUUCAGAGCGGAACAGACGAAAACCGGCAAAAGCAGCGCUCGCUCCAGCUCGAGCGGAACAUUCAGCAGACAGAGGAAGCGACUGAGGUGUUGAAGGUACAACUCGACAAUAUGGAGAAUGUCCCGGAGGAGGAGAUGGAGCAAUGGUCUGCGCACAAAGCCGAUUUCGACCGUGAAUUGGAACACUUCAAUGCGGCCAAGGAAGACCUCACUGAAGCUCGCCUUGCCGCAGCCCAGCAAAUUGCGGCGUUGGAGCAAGAGUUGAGCGCGGCUGUGCAAAAGCGCGAGCGUCUUCAGGGUCGCCGUACCCGGGUCAACGAGCAGUACGAGCGUAUCAUCUCGGCCAAUGCCCAAGGAUUGAAUGAGAGAGAGCGUCGCGCCGCCGAGCAAUUUGCCCGAGAGCAAGAUCACGCCAAAUUGGAGACCAAUUUCCACGAGCAAUUUGCUAGCAUUAGUCAGUCUGUGCAGGACUUCCAGUUGCGUACCAGUGAACUAUGGCAGCAGGCAUCCGCUAUUGAACAGUCGAUUCAACAGCAACAACAAAUGCUUCUCGAGUCUGGCCCCCUCACCCCCGAGGGGAAUCUGCCAGGUACCAAUCCGCUGUCCGAAGUCAACCUGCCGACCUCUGCUGCUCCGAACGGCCGCGCUCUGUCGGGCCUCAGCUUUCCUCCGACGAAACCCAGUCCGCUGCAAAUUUCCGAGUCCAAUCCAACGAGUCCCGUGCAAGAUGUCUUCAUGCCUCAUUUCACGAGCUCCCCAAUGGGCAAUGCCAAUUCAUAUUUCGGAGCUGAUUACAACCGCGACCGCUCAUUCUCUAACCGCUCCGCUCGCAGUAGCCAAUACGGCUCGGAGUUCUUCGACUCCAACCGCCUGCCUCCCCUACAGCUCGAUCUAUCUGACUUACUCUCCGAAAAGCAUCGAUCCGGAUCGGACAGCUACGGGAAUGGUAACGGCUUUCUGUACCAGAACGGCCGUCCGACCCUAAGUCCUUUCCAACGAGCUGCGAGUCGAGGAAGUGGAGCUGGCAGUGGAUCUGGUAGCGGCAGCAGAAGUGGCAGUGGUAGUCCGAAGUCGACACGCGAUUGA